CCCUCAGGAGGGGAGAGGGCAGCGGCGGGAUGCCGUCACUUCCGUCGGGCUGUGCGCGUCACUUCCGAAUCCUAGCGCGGGAUGGCCGGCGGGCGCGGGCGGGUCUCCCGGAGCCGGCGGGGGCCCAUGGCGGCUGGGAGGGGCUCGCUGGGGCUCCGCGCCCCCGAGGAGACGGUGAACCGCUGGGUGCUGCAGUUCUACUUCCACCAGGCCGUGGGGGCCUAUCGGGCCCGUCGGUACCAGGACUUCCGCGAGUUCCGCGACGUGAUGCAGGCUCUGCUGCUGCGGCCCCUGGUUAAGGAGCCUGCAAUCUCCCGGCUGCUCCGGAUUAUGCAGUUUCUUUCAAGAAUUGAGGAGGGGGAGAACCUCGAUUGCACCUUUGAUACAGAGUCAGAGCUCACCCCUCUUGAAUCGGCAAUCGGUGUGCUGGAGCUGAUUGAAAGAGAAUUUCCUGUGUCUGAGGUGGCAAUGGAAUCUGUUAGAAAAAUGGUGAAACAAGCUGCUGUUACUGUUUGUAUUAAAAAGAGAGAAUUUGAUAAAGCCUCAAAAAUUCUGAAAAAAAACAUGGCAAAGGAUCCCAGCACCCAGAAACUGAGGACAGAGUUGCUCAGCAUUAUCCGUGAGAAGAAUUUGUCUCAUACGAUGAUCCGAAAUUUUUCCUACAAGACUUUUCAGCAGAGUGCGUUCCAGUUCUUGGAGACCUACCUGGAGGAUUCAGAGCCCUAUCUCUUGACCAUGGCGAAAAACACUUUGAAUUCAGAAUAUAUUGAUGAAACUAAGCAGCUGGCAUUAGCUCCAGACUCUGUGGAAGUAGCUAAGCAACCACCAGCCGCGGCUCCAGACUCUGUGGAAGUAGCUAAGCAACCACCAGCUGCGGCUCCAGACUCUGUGGAAGUAGCUAAGCAACCACCAGCCGCGGCUCCAGACUCUGUGGAAGUAGCUAAGCAACCACCAGCCGCGGCUCCAGACUCUGUGGAAAUGUCUUCAAAGGACUCUGGGAGGCAACCGCCUGGAACUGUAACAACAUUUGGGAUUUCUGCUCUGAGAGAAGCUUUCAAGACCUUGUCAAAUUCCCAAGAUUCUGAUGCAGCCUUUACCAAACUGGAUGAAACAGACUUUUCUUUCCCCAAGCAAUUGUCCCCUUCUGUAUCCCACAGACUCAAGAGGCACAGAGAAGAGGAGAAUCCACCCUUGGAGACCUCUGAGACCUCAGACAUACCUAAAUCACCCCCAAAGAGUAAACGCUUGUUGACUAUAAGCAGACUGAUUAUGGAGCAGGACAGCCAGAGUACUGAGCUGAGUGAGACUCCAGACUCAUCCCAGGAGCCGGUGGUAUCUUCUGCAUUCAGGACUCUUGUUCGAAAGCCACAUGUUCAGCGUGUGUCUUCCAGAAGUCCCAAGCCACUGAAAGCAAGAUGGAACACCUCGAAUGGGCAAGAAGAAAAGGACACUUGGAGUGAGGAAGAUGAGCUCUUCCUGGACAAGAGGUCCCCUGGGAGAAAUAGCCACAGCUCUUCAAUCCUCGGUUCCAAGAAGCAGAGGUGGACUGUGCAGGAAAGCGAGUGGAUCAGAGAAGGAGUGAAGAAGUUUGGAGAAGGGAACUGGAAAAUCAUUUGCAAAAAGUUCCCCUUUGAGAACCGCACCUCGGUGAUGAUUAAGGAUCGCUGGCGGACCAUGAAAAAGCUGGGACUCCACUGAAAACAGGAGUUGAGGAACUCUUCGAGUGACAGUUGCUCUCAUUUCUCUCCAAAAGAUGGACGAAAGCAACACCUGCCAUGGGAGGAAGGUUGUAGUCCCCUUCCUAGCAAUGUGACAGGAAUGAUGUGGAGAAUUGUUAUGGCUGCUUGGCAGAGCUGAAUGCUACAGCUGGAAGAAGCAAAGUUUAACUAGAGUUUGGGAAACCUUCCUAGUUCUUGUAUUUAGCUGGAGUCACUAAAUUUAGAUCUUUGUCUGUCAACAGAAGCAAGGCAGCCUGAGUAACUAUGGAAAUAGUCUUGUAGUAGAAGUGCUACAAUACUGACAUUUUGUAUAUGUUCAGAAACAGCAAGGACUCUGGCAGCCUUUGCCCUGUGAGCAUUAGAGCUGGAACCUGAGUGGACUGUAACUGGGAUCACCGCUUUCUCUACUCAGGUGUUGGUUGAAUGGCAGGGUAAUCCUGUCACUGACUGUUUUAUCUCUAUUAAUAUUCUUAAACCAAUUGUGAAUCACUUGGCUGAUCUCCAUUUGCCUGUCAGCCCCUCCGAGAGGGGAAAGCAGUGGUGUAGGAGCUGUUGCUGAGUUGCACCGGCAGAAGUCUGGCGUUUUGGCCAGGGAACUGGCAUUUGUUUCCACAAUUCUCUGCUUUGUAUAUUUUUAUAUUGAGUGGGGAUUUCUUCCUCCACAUUUUUUUGAUGCUUUAAAAAUAGAUGUUUUGUCUUUGUGCUCAUUAGUUUCUAGAAUGUUUGGAGCCAGAUGUCACCAAGUUAAAAGUUAGUGUUCAGUUGGUUUGA